AUGCCGGUCGACCGUGGCAUUGCAUUGACAUCCAGGGGAGAAGAGGAUAGACAUUGGACCGGUUCUUGUCGCCAUCGGUCCCAUGCAAAUAUCUCUAGGGGCUCAGUAUCGGAUAUAUCUGGACUGGUGGCAGGGCAAUACUGCUGGCAAGAUCCCGUUGGGAAGAAACACUACAAGCUCAGGACGCAUCACCUGAAGGGCUUGGUCAAGUAUGUGGAGCAGGGCGGUAUUAUAGAAACACACGAUGAUAUCCCUGACAUGGUCCGCGACCAGCUCUACGCAGAGGAGCAACAACGGCUCGAGAAGCAACAAAAACCCAGCAGCCAUCAUACAGCGUACCCAAUCAACAUCAAUGUCCUUCCAUCCCAAUCUCCGCCAGCUAUACUUGACGAGUCGGCUAUCACCCAGGCUCAAGCCGCACACUCAUCUUCAAAUGCCGUGCACCUCGAUCCAAUCAAUAUUUCCGGCCUCCUUGACGUAGCGGUGGAAAAAUACAGCAACUGGCAGCAAACACGUGUGGGUAGUGGGAGAUUCAAAGAUGACAUAAAGAAAGCGUGUGGUAUAGCGCUCGAAAACUGUCUUGAUCUCAAACUGAUUCAUGAGGAUCAGGACCCAGACUCUUUAUCAGGCAAGGCGUGA